UAAUAGUGUAAAAGAUCCUCUGACACUGAAGGUGUCCAUAAUAGACUGCAUUAAUUAAUGACACCUUUCUAAACACCUAGGGCGAGCCGUACAAUAGGGACGCUCCGCUGACUAUGUGCAGGCCGUGGUCAUGCUGAAUAAUAAAUAUUGCACAUGACACCAUAGCUUCACACAUUAUUUCCAUGACGUGAAAUAUUAUAGGAGAGGAAAAUGAUGUGAGAAUAUUCUGCAGGGACACUCUUCGUUGGUCUUUGAAGAUGAUGGAGACUCCUCCACCUAAUAACGGCAACAAGUGGGGCAUGUAUCCGUCUCCGGGAUCAUACAACACAGAAUAUCAUGGAGCCGCACCUGCUCAGCAUGGCUAUAACAAUAACCCACCAUCAUACCAGUACGGACAGCCCAUACCAAGCUUUAACCCUCAACCAAACCGAGCACCUAUAGUCACAACACAACCCAAUGUGAUGGUCGUUCCUCAGCCAGCCUACAAGGAUUACUUGGGCCUAUCCAUUAUGAACCUGCUCCUGUGCUGUUUCCCCCUCGGAAUCAUUGCACUUAUUUACUCCUGCAAGACGGUGGACUCAAUGAGACGUGGAGACAUGAUAAUGGCGUCAAGCGAAUCACGCACAUCGUUUACACUAAACAUGGUGGCUCUGGGAUUGGGAAUUGUCGGACACGUUGCUUGGAUUUCAUUUGUGAUUUAUUACUAUGUAAUGAUCAACAAGUACACCUACUCAUACUAUGAAAACAAUACAAACGGAGGUUAAUACUGACCCAAAUGUACAACUCCAUCUUCUGCAAAGACCUAUCAUGAGUAGAGAACCCCAGGCAGCGACUUGUCUGAGCCAAGAUUGAGACAAUAUUUGAGUUUAGCUGACAUAUUGUGAAAGAUGAAAGCAAAAGCUGAAUUGGAAGCCAUUUUAAUAUGUAUUACAUGAUGCGUAAUAAAAAGGAUAGGGCAUGUUCAAAAUGGCCACUCAUUAAAAGUAAGUAAGGCUUGACCCAUACUCAGACUCAGCC